UCAUCAUCAUCAUCAUCAUCAUCAUCAAUCCCCAUCCCUCCUCUCCCCCCACACCGCAAUGUGCUCCUUCUCUCGCCCUCAACCCCGCUCCUCCAUGCCCUCCAAGCGCUCCCGAUCCAAGAUCCGCAAGCCCAAGUUCAUCAGCCUCCGCCGCCAACUCUCCCUCCCCUCUCCCACUCCUCCUCCUCUUCCUCCCACCUCCAUGUCUCCCCCGCCGCCCACCAUCGACCACGAUCGUGACCCUCCCGUCACAUCCCUCCUUGACCCUGGCGACGGCCCAUCUCUCACCUCCCUUCUCGGCGCCUCCUCCUCCAUCGCCGUCUCCGAGACCACCUCUACCCCAUCCUCCUCCUCCAUGAACUGGGACGGCGAGAUCGCCAUCGCUAGACGAGCUCUUCGCGGCCGUGAAAGAUGGGUCUUUUGCUGCUCCGCUUCAUCUCCGUCACCAGCGUCGGAACAAGAAGCGUCUAGCGCAAGCCAUGUUGAUCUCUGGUGUGCUGUCCCGCAGGGCCUUUCUCUUAAGCUGGACUAUGACGAGAUCCUCUCCGCUUGGUCCGAUAAGGGUUCCUUGUUUAUUGAUGCCAAUUCCGGCCAUCAGGUUGUUCCUGAGGUCUAUCAUACCCUCUCCUCUCCUUCUACCACCACUGUCUUUGUGGAAGUGGGAGGAGGUGGGGGAAAAGCAGCAGCAGCAGCAGGAGGAGGUAGUGCAUGGAGGGUGCCUGAGAUUGGUGAUGAGAAAGCACAAAGCAUGGUAAUGAAAACCAAGAAAGAGCAAGAAGAGGAAGAAGAGUCCUCAAAAAGGAAAGAAACAAAGUUGGGCACUAGGGAAGAGAGAGUGAGGAGAUAUAAAGAGAAGAGACAAAACAGGCUCUUCUCCAAACGCAUUAGAUAUGAGGUCCGUAAACUCAAUGCUGAGAAACGUCCCAGAAUGAAGGGUCGUUUUGUCAAAAGGAAAGAUGAUGUUGUAUGAGUAGUGACUUUGUUAUCUCAAUUCUCAAGGCUCAUGAUGAGACCAAAUAAAAAAUAACAAAAAAAGUAGUAAUAAUAAGAACAAAGAGAUGAAAGAGUUGUUCAAAUAUUAGUUCUCUAUUUCUCUUUGUCCAAAAAAACAGAAGUAAAAUAUGUUGCCACUGUUGUAACCAUUGUCCUCUUGGGUUUGUAUUGUUGUAACAUAGACAGUGCUUUAUGCAAAUCAGAUGGCUUUUUUUUUGUUUCUUUC